AUGAUUUCCAUAAUUUCUGGACUGAGCCGUUACUUCGAAUGCGAUGAAGACAGUGACGGUUAUAGUUCCGACGAUGAUUACUCCAAAUACAGCGUUAAAGAAGAGAUCCGGACACCAGAAGACAUAGAUGAUGAGGUAUUUUUGGAUACACCGGAAAACGAUAAUACAUCGACAGAUCUACUCCUGGAUGAAGGAAUACAAGAGGAGACGAUAGAAGAAAUCUCUGAAACCGAUAGAGAUGAUGAUCAGCAGUUGAAAGUUGAAGUGGCCGCGAGCACUACGGCCAUGUUCAACCUCCUUUUGUAUCAUCCUUUUUCGUGUAGCAUUCAAUAA